AUGCCUUCCAAGGCUUGUGCAGUUGCCCUCGCCGGCGUAGGCGCCUACGCCGCCGCCCAGGCUUUCGUGGCCCCGACCGCCCCACAGGUGCAGGAGCAGCGUGAGGUGCGCCAGUUGAGGCAGCAGGCCGCCGCAAGCGCGACCUCCACCACCUCAUCAGCAGCUGCCCUUGCUCUGGGCGCAGCUGGUGUUGCAGCCGCUGCCGCGCAGGCCGGCAAGCGAACUCAGCGCCGAUGCCAGGUCGUCCGCCAGGCCACAGCGGUGGCUGAGAAGACCUUCACCAAGAUGCCGGCAUCCGUGAAGCCCGGCGUCGUCACCGGUCAGGCUUUGGUGGAUCUGCUGAACUAUGCCAAAGAGAACGAGUUCGCGAUUCCGGGAGUGAACGUGGUGAGCAGCAGCUCCAUCAACGCCGCCAAGAAGGCCGGUGGUCCCAUCAUGGUCACUUUCUCAAAAGGAGGCGGCCAGUUCAUCGCCGGAAAGGCAGCUGACAACUCAGACGAUGCCGCCAGCAUCGCCGGCACCGUGGCUGGCGCACUCCAUGUUCGCCAGGUGGCCAAGCUCUACGGCGUGCCUGUGAUCCUGCACACUGACCACUGCCAGAAGGCUUGGCUUCCUUGGUUCGACGGACUCAUGGAGGCCAACGAGGAGUAUUUCGAGAAGAACGGAGAGCCCUUGUUCUCCUCCCACAUGUUGGAUCUGUCCGAGGAGCCUUUGGAGGAGAACAUCGCCAUCUGCAAGAAGUACUUGGAGCGCAUGUCGAAGGUGGAUCUUCUUUUGGAGAUGGAGCUGGGCGUGACUGGCGGUGAGGAAGACGGCGUGGACAACACUGAUGUGGACUCCUCCAGGCUUUACACCCAGCCUGAGGAGGUGUGGCAGGUCUACGAGACCUUGUCUGCCGUGCCCAACGGCAAGUUCACCGUGGCUGCGGCCUUCGGCAAUGUCCACGGC